AACAAAUAUAUAUUUAUUUUUUAACAAAUACACAAAUAUAUUUUUAGUAGCAAUUAACCUAUUUUCCUAACAAGAUACAACAGAAGAAUAAGAAAAUAGUAGACAGAUAGAUCCACUUGCUACCAUUUCCUCUCCCUGUAGCCUUCUGUGUCUAUUAAAAUAGACUUCACUUGUAAAGUAAAAGUUUGAACAUUUUAACAUAUAAAAAAAAAAACCAAGUAGAGAGGUAAGUGGUGGUAUUGGUUCUGCAAAAGAACAUUAUGGAUAUACUUACCACCAUUCUCAAUCUUCUUCUUCCUCCUCUUACUAUCAUCUUUCUCUUCCUGUUUUACCCAUUUUAUCUUUUGAUCAAACUUGUGCUUUGUCUUCGUAAGAACCUUCACUUCGAAAACGUAGCCAGAAAAGUAGUUCUAAUCACCGGAGCUUCCUCUGGCAUCGGAGAGCAUGUGGCAUACGAAUACGCAAAGAAAGGAGCAUAUUUGGCUCUUGUUGCUCGAAGAAGGGAUCGUCUAGAGAUUGUAGCAGAAACAUCACGUCAAUUAGGAUCUGGUAAUGUCAUCAUCAUACCUGGUGAUGUUUCUAAUGUUGAGGACUGCAAGAAGUUCAUCGAUGAGACGAUUCGUCAUUUCGGAAAACUAGACCACCUGAUCAAUAAUGCUGGUGUAUUUCAAACUGUUCUUUUCGAAGAUUUCACACAAAUUCAAGACGCAAAUCCUAUAAUGGACAUCAACUUUUGGGGUACAACAUACAUCACCUAUUUUGCAAUUCCUCAUCUUCGAAAGAGUAAAGGAAAAAUCGUCGCGAUUACAUCGGGUUCAGCAAAUAUACCUUUGCCAUUGGCAAGCAUCUAUGCAGCAAGCAAAGCAGCCUUAUUAAGAUUCUUUGAGACAUUAAGAAUAGAGCUAAGUCCUGAUAUCAAAAUAACAAUUGUUCUCCCAGGAGUUGUAUCAACAGAUAUGACCACUCCUCACUGUAUAGAGAAGUAUGGUUCGGAUUUUAUUCUAUCGGAAUCAGUGAGUAAAUGCGCAAAGGCAAUCUUCAGAGGUAUUGGCAGAGGAGAGACAUACAUAGAAGAACCAUCUUGGAUGAAAUGGCUGUUUAUAAUGAAAAAUGUAUGUCCCGAAAUCGUUGAUUACGGACUUAACUAUCUAUUUGUUAGUUAUCUAAAACCUUAUUUCAAGCGUGAUUGAUCAUAACAAUCAAUCCCAAAUCUAUAAUCUUUUUAAUAAGGGUUGUGUACUUGUCUUCCUAUGAUGACUAUUUUUCAAUAAAAUGUAUAAUGGUUGUUUCGUUUGG